AUGGCGGGAGACAACAACGACUCUUCUUUUCCGCUGCCCGGGAAUUCGAUGAGCGGUGGACAACUCGAUCAGCAACAAGUUCUGGCUCAAAUGGACAUGGAUGGAAUCCAACGCCAGGCCGAAGAGAUGGCGCAGUUGGAAGCGGAUAUCAUGGACGUCAACAUCAUCUUUAAAGAUUUGAACGAAAUGGUGAUGGAUCAAGGCACCACGCUAGAUACGAUCGAGGACAAUGUCGGAGCUGCCGUGAUGGACGUUCAGGAGGGAAACAAGAAGCUGGAAAAGGCGGUCGACUACGCGAGAAAAGCGAGAAACAAGAAGAUCUGUUUAAUCGUCACAAUUCUAGACACGCGUUUUCAAGGUUAA